AUGAUAUCUUUAAGAGCUAGAACUAUUGCUAUAGUAGGGGCGGGACCCUCUGGCGUGAUAGCUGCCAAGUACUUACAAGCAGAAAAAGCAUUCGACAAGAUCGUCCUGUUCGAGCAGCGCAGUAGACCAGGAGGAAUAUGGAACUAUACAGGCGACCAAAGGGACGAGAAUCUGUUCAGCAUACCACAGACCAAUCCGCAUCUGGGCCAUCAAAAGCCCCAUUGGGAGCCCGUCUCAAGCGGCGAGACCAGCACAAAUAACACUCAUGAAGAUCCAUCCUUCCUAUCGCCCAUGUACGAAAAGCUGGAAACCAAUAUCCCUAGAGGACUCAUGGGCUUCCAGGAUCUCGACUGGCCAAAAGAGAGCCAACUCUUUCCGACCCACGAGACUGUCCUGAAAUACAUCGAAGACUACGGCAAAGACGUACAACAUCUCGUGCAGUACGAAACGCAAGUCAUCAACGUGAUACCGGUAGACUCUAGCCCAACCGGCGCGUGGAAAGUCACCACACAGAAUGUGCGCAGCGCCGAGUCUCAAGAGUCCGAGUUUGACGCAGUCAUUGUAGCAAACGGGCACUUCAUAGUCCCCUACGUACCCGACAUUCCCGGCAUGCGCGAGUGGAACGAAGAAUACCCCAACCGCAUCAUCCACUCCAAGUACUUCCGCCGACCAGAAGAAUACCGCGACAAGCAAGUCAUCGUAGUGGGAAACUCUGCGUCCGGUGCCGACAUCAGCAAUCAAAUCGCCCAGUACUGCGAGAAGCCACUCAUCUGGUCCACGCGCUCAGACUCCAUGUUCUCCAAGUCACACGGCGGAAACGACAAGCGGCGACAGGAACUUUCGCCCAUCGCGCGCUUCCUGCCGGCGAGUCGGGGCGUGCAAUUCGAAGACGGAACAAUAAAGCACGACAUUGAUGCCAUUGUCUUUGCAACGGGGUAUUUCUACAGCCUCCCGUUUCUAGAAGACGUCGAGCCAAAGUUGAUCACGGAUGGGACUCACGUACACAAUACGUACAAGCACCUUUUCCACGCCCCAAGACCCACACUGUCGCUCCUCGCCCUGAAUCAACGCGUAAUCCCCUUUCCCCUCGCAGAAGCCCAGGCCGCUGUUCUUGCCCGCGUGUACGCAGGGCGCCUUUCCCUCCCGUCCGUCGCAGAAAUGUCCGCGUGGGAGAAGCCGGUAGAGCAAGAAAUUAGUGAUCCGCGUAACUUCCAUCUCCUCCCUUUUCCCAAAGACGCACACUACAUCAACGAAAUGUCGAGAUGGGCGUUGAGCGCGGAGAAACUGGAUGUGCUGGAGAAUGAUGGGCAGGGGAAGAUACCGCCUAUUUGGGGGGAUUGGGAGUUUUGGUGCCGUGAGCAGUUCCCUGCUAUUAGGAUGGCGUUUGGGAAACUUGGGUGUUAUCGGUUUCAGGUCAAGGAGAUUGGGGAGCUAGGGUUUGAUUAUGAGGAGCAUUUGAGGCAGAAGGAGAGGGAGAAGGAGGGGGCUGUUGAGGAUGGGGAGAAGAUGAUAUGA